GACGCUGCAGGUGCCAAAGACUCGAGCGUUAUCAACUGAGCAGCACUGUCUAGCGUGUCGUGAAUCCGUGCCGUCCCGUGCGGUGCACUUCCAGCAGCUGUGCCAAACGUGUGUGUGUGUGAUUGAUCGAAGUGCUGCACCCCGAGCGUUACUGGCGCACGCCCGAUAUCCUUUCGCAUCCUUUUUCGGCUGGGGAACGGGAAAUGGUGCUUGUGGCGCAGAGCGACCGAUCCUAGAGAACCUUGGCUUCGCUGCCAAACGUGUCGACGUCGGUCGAUAAAACUAGAGCCGAGUGUGAACUCUUCGCGGGACGAUAAAAGGAGUCUUUUUCUUUCCUUAUCCUUACGCGUGGGCGCGUGCAGUGGAAGGGGUUCGUGGUGUGAAGAAGUGAUAGCGUGCGUGCCAGUUUGUGUCUGUGUGUUGCGCCGUUUUGUCAUGAGACAUCCGGUCGGGAAUCCUUGCACUGUAUCCUGAGGCCACCAAAGAACACACAUUCCGGUGUCCUUGAAUCGCCGGGACCAUCGAAGAGGAGGAUUAAAAGUGCAUUUUUUUUUGUUUUUGCUGCCCGACCCACUCGUCCCCUGAUUCAGCAGCAUGAUUUCGAGCUACGCCGAGCUGUUUCUAGUGUGUGCGGUGAUUCUGCUGCCAAUCUUCUACGAAACUUCUAGCAAAUUCCGCUACUACUUCAAGUUCUUCGUCUACUAUGCGGUGGUCAUACUCAAUUCUUUUCUUCUCAUUCCUGUCUUUCUCUUUCGGCCGUGCAACGUGCGUAACCUUGUAUUGGCCGGCAAGUUCUGUCGCCUGGCGUCACCGAUUAUCAGCAUCAAAUGGGAGGUCCGAGGAGCGGAACAUAUGAGUGCCGAUAGGGCCAUGAUCCUAGUGGCGAACCAUCAGAGUUCACUCGACAUUCUAGGAAUGUUUGACUUCUGGCACCUAAUGGACAAGUGCACGGUGAUCGCGAAACGGGAACUCUUCUACGCCUGGCCGUUCGGGCUGGCCGCCUGGCUGUCGGGGUUGAUCUUCAUCGAUCGGCGCCACGCCGAGCGGGCCCAGUCGGCGAUGAACGAUUCGACCAAGAUGCUGAUCGAGAAGCGCACCAAGCUGUGGGUGUUCCCGGAGGGUACGCGCCGUACCACCAACGAGAUCCAUCCCUUCAAGAAGGGUGCCUUCCACGUGGCCGUCCGCUCCCAGCUACCGAUCCUGCCGAUCGUGUACAGCUCCUACCACACGUUCCUGGACGAUCGCCAGAAGGUGAUGAACCCAGGCCACGUGAUAGUGACCGCGCUGCCACCGAUCGAGACGACCGGCCUAACGGUCGAUGACAUACCGGCACUGAUCGAGCGGACUCGGGCCGCCAUGAUCGAAACAUUUAAAGCGUCCACCAAAGAGGUGGAGAAUCGCUUCAAUCUCAGCGGCCACGCGAUGCACCACCCGGGCAAAGAGGCAACAAUGGCGGAGACACCACGGACACUGGCGAGCGUCGUACCACCACGAACGCCACCCAGCAGUGCCACCAGCAUCAAGCCACCAAAAGAGACCAGCCGGUCUCUCGCUAGUCUCCCGCUGGAGGCGAGUAACUGCCGUGACCAUCUGCUGCUCGAUGCCGGUACCCGCAAGAUGGGCUCACUGAUUGGUGGUGCGAACGAUGCGUCCCCCAUCAAGGAACCGACGGCCUACCGGCGGAAGGAUGUGCAACGGGAUUAGUAGGGCCGGGAUAACUGAGCGGUGCGUGUGUUUGUAUGCAUGUGUGUGUGUGUUUGUGUGUGUGCAUGUAAGUGUGUUUGUGUACCUGGGAAAGGAGAGAAGAGGAUUUUUAAUCAUUCAACACGCGUUUUAUCGAUAGCGAUUGAGAUGGGUUACUAUUAUUAUUAUUCUUAUUUUUUCCACAACAAGUAGCAGUAGCGCUGAAGCUGCUAAGAUUAGAAGCGUGAUAAGCAUACACAUGAAAUGCACACACAUGCAUCUGUACACCUGCCUCCUGGGUUGCCUCAGUUCGAUAUAAGCAGCAGAAGAAGCAAAACCCCUACAAUUUCCAACGAUAAUAAGAGUCUAGUGUUCUAGUGAAUGUUCGGUUAACUCUCCAAGAGAGCUUGCUUGUUGCCGGGCAACCUUUCCGAGGAUGGUGGAUAAUGUGAGCAAAAACCAAAUUUGAGAAAAAUCACAUGGUAGCGUGGAGCGCGAACGAGGCCGAAGCUAGGUUUACGAUCGAUUCAAUUAUCCAAAGUUUUGCAACAGUUAAACGCUUUAAAAAAAAGCCUCCGGAAUACGGGGUGGGCGGGUUUGUUGGGAACAGGAGGAGGAGUAGAGAAGAGGGAAAAAUAUAAUAAUGAUGGUAAACUUGCCAAGAGCCCCCGAUGGCACACCAGCGCAGCAGCACCAUCUUGUAUUUUGUACGUUAGUUCGUGUUUCCUGCUAGAUGCGCGCAUCACCGUAUAAACAUAUGGAGAAGCGGUUAAGCGACAGGGGUGAAGAGAGACAGUGAAUGAAUGGCCUGAUCUCGACGAUUUUUUUAUUUUAUUUUUUCGUUGUUGGUUUUCUGUGUGAGCAGCUCCCGCUGCGUCGUUUGUAAAUAUUCGAUUAGUAGUCUAGUUCACUAUAUUUGUGAGUAGGAAAAGGAAAGGGUCACCGAGAGUGCUAUAGCGGUUUUUUAAUGAUAUUAUGCCAUUCCACAUCCCGUCCCGUUGUUUCUUUUUUUUUUCUUUUGGCACUUUUUGGAUUUUUUUUUGCAAUCGUCUUAUUUUUCAAACCCCCCGCGACAUGAAUGGCCUGGGAUUAUUAUUACUGGAAUGAGAGAAUGAUAAAAAUAAAGUAUUAUGAAGAUAAUCCGCA